AUGAUGGCGAGGGCUACCUAUCCUCGCGCGAAGUUAUCUAUCAAGCGCAUUCUCGAAAUGUGCUCGUCUACGGGGUUUGCAGCAGCCGAUGCCUUUGUCAGACGGACCGCGAAGUCGAGGAAGAUGCCCUUGUCAAUGGGGCGACCGUGUUCGUGGGCGAGACGUUCCACUGACCCAUUGUGCCAACCGCUAAUAUCGACUACUACCCUCAAAUUCUUGGACUGCGAGUCCAAGUCUGCUCGUCUGACUGUACCGCGCGUGAGAGUAUUCCGACUGUCCACAUGGCUACUGGCCGGCUACCAGCCCAUCCAGCUUAGGUUGCCAUGUCCGUGA